CCCACUGGCAUCAAGGAAAGGUGCGUCAGCUUGCGGUAACUAAAGAAGAACACGCUCAGUAUCUAACUUCUUGUUCAAAGCUGACGAUCAGUUUUCUUGGCUCUCAACAGGUAGUCCACCUGCAAGACGCCAAAAUGAACGGAGACACCGUCUCGAACAUGCGCACCCAGCCGUUCAUAAACAACAAGCAUUAUCAGUAUGUCACCACCAAGUACCACGACAAGCUCAAGAUCUACAACCCAACGGACGAAACCCUCGUUACCGGAGACGUUCAGAUCUGCGGCCCAGAAGACGUCAACGACGCUGUGGACGCGGCCAGCGAUGCCUUCGAGAUCUGGAAGACUUGGACCGGUGCCCGACGCGCCAAAUGUCUCUUGAAGCUGGCCGACCUCCUAGAAGCGAACUGCGAGCGUCUAGCUAAGCUUGAAACCAUGGCUAUGGGCAUGCCGUUUAUUGCUGCCCGUGAGCUCAUUCGUACCAAAGUGGCCGAAUGGUUCCGGUACUAUGCGGGCUGGUGCACCAAAUUGGGAGGAGAAUACUAUCCCGAUGAUGACGGUGAAGGUUUCUACAAGCUCGUCACGUAUGAACCGAUGGGCGUCUGCGCUGCUGUGGCAUCGUGGAACGCAACCUUCCUCUAUGCUGCGUGGAAGAUUGCGCCUGCUGUGGCUGCAGGAAAUACCAUCAUAUUCAAGGCUUCAGAGCGCUCUCCCCUUGGGGCGCUUGCGAUGGGCGAUCUCAUCAAACAAGCAGGUUUCCCACCUGGUGUCAUCAACAUCGUCAGCGGCGGAGAAUGGACCGGCUUCCUCCUUGCACAACACAAGUGUAUCACCAAGGUCAGCUUCACCGGAAGCCACGGCAAUGGUAAAAGGAUCCAUGUGGCUGCCACGCACAGCAAUAUGAAGCGCGUGACUCUCGAACUGGGAGGGAAGAAUCCAUCUAUCGUCUUCGAAGAUGCGGAUUUCGGCAACGCCUUGCAUCAUAACUCUUAUGGAUUCCUUCUCAACACUGGCCAGGCCUGCGUCUCUGGAUCGAGACUUUUCGUCCAUGAAGAGAUCGCAGAUGGAUUCAUCAGGGGUCUCGUAGACUGUUUCAAGGCUUUCACUACCAUCAUGGGUGAUCCUAUGGAACCGAACACUUUGCUUGGACCGCUCGUCGAUAAGAGACACUAUGAUAAAGUGAUGUACUACAUUGCAGAGGGGCAGAAGGAGGGCGCGCAGCUGCUGUGUGGAGGAGUCAGGAAAGGCGACAAAGGCUGGUUCGUCGAGCCGGCUAUCCUUCUCAAUCCGCCUACGGAUAGCUGCGUGUAUCGUGAUGAGAUCUUCGGUCCGGUUCUUGUGGUUCGCACUUUCAAGGAUGAAGAAGAGGUCAUCGAGAUGGCGAAUGAUACCAUGUAUGGACUUUCAGCGAGCGUCUUCACCAAAGACAUCGUGCGUGCCAUGCGUAUCAGCUCUGAGCUCAAAGCCGGCACUGUGAGCAUUAAUAGCGGCACAAUGCCCACCAUGAGCACUCCAUUCGGGGGCUUCAAGCAGAGCGGGUUCGGACGUGAGUCUGGAAAGAAUGGACUCAUGGAGUACCUAGAGCCGAAGACUAUCUUGAUCGACUGCAAGCCGCCUCCUCCUGAGGAUGAAAUCUAAUCGAGUCCGCUGUCGCGAUCGUGGUUGCGGUAUCACUUCUCCUUUGGGGUGUAGUAUUUUGAACUACUUUGAUUGGACCAGGGCUUGAUACUACUAGUAUUUCCCGUCCAUCACCGAGAUCGUACUAUUGGGGACUGUACCAUAUCUAUUUCAGUGACGGAAUCUGCAGCAUGCCGUGAUCGCCCUUCAUUCACUAAA